CGGUCGGACAAACGUUCGGGGUUUGCAUUAGAGAUCAAAUUCUUCGGUCAAUCAUAAAAGUGUAAUGUAAAGUGAAGGAAUUCUCUACUAUCAAUGCAAUGAUAAAGAUUGCUUUAUCACAUCGUUUGAGAUUGAACGUGACGAAAAAUAAAUUAUUACCAACACUAGAGCAAUCCAGCGGAACCACCAACGGUGUUGGUAAUGAGUAACAGUUGCAUCCUGUAGUGUAAUAGAGUUGUUGUCCCGAUUGUUGUUUGUUAUAUUUCUAAGAAGGCAUCCAGUCGUAGUGCCGCCAAACUUGCGAAGCCAUGAACGAACUCAUCAACGGAACGCUCACGGGGACGUCGGUCGACGAGGGACGGGGCUGGCCAAACGCUACUUCCGUUCUGCCAACGUCAUCCGGGGCGGUCGGUGACGAUGGCUUGGAGGAUGCGUACAGCACCUUCCCGGACGAAACCAGCCGGUUUUCCCGGGCACUCCUCACGUUCGCUGCCACGGCCACAAUACUCAUCAUGAUAACGGGCAUCGUCGGCAACCUGCUGACCAUCGUAGCGCUCUUAAAGUACCCCAAAAUGCGGAACGUGGCGGCAAUCUUCAUCGUGAGCUUAUGCAUCGCCGAUUGCAGUUUCUGUCUGAUUGUGCUGCCGUUUAACGCAAUUCGAUUUAUUCGCGGGACGUUGUUGCACGGCGAACAAAGCCUGUGGUGCACGCUGAUAACCUUCAUCCAGUAUGGCAGCGUCGGCGUAUCGUUGCUCUGCAUCACGAUGAUCACCAUCAAUAGGUACAUCAUGAUCGCACACUACAACAUUUAUGCGAAGGUGUACAAAACCACCUGGAUCGCCGUAAUGAUCGUCACCUGUUGGUUGUUUUCCUAUGGCUUCCAGCUGCCAACGCUAUUCGGGGUGUGGGGAAGGUUCGGCUACAACAAGCAGCUUGGGACGUGCUCUAUUCUGCCGGACGAACAUGGGCGGAGCAGCAAAACGGCAAUGUUCAUCAUUGCCUUCCUCAUUCCAUGCAUCAUCAUCAUAAUAUGCUACAGUCGUAUUUUCUGGGUCGUUCACGCGUCGGAAAAGCGUAUGAAAAAUCAUUCCAAAUCGCAAUGCAGCAUUCCGAACAACCUGCGAUCGGCGGUCGAUCCGGCCGCCCCGCUAUCGUCCGCCAGCUCCAGCUCGGCCAACAACAACUCCAUCAGCUACACGGCCAGCUCCUCGGCGGUGAAGGUAGCAGGUGGUCGGGCUGGUACCACCACCACCACUACCUCCGCCAACGACACCCGGGACGCGAAGGCGAAACGCAACGAAUGGCGCAUCACCAAGAUGGUCCUGGCAAUCUUCCUGUCGUUCGUUAUGUGCUACCUGCCGAUCACGAUAUCGAAGAUCGUCGAUAAGAAUGUGUCGGUGCCGGUGCUGCACAUCAUCGGCUACAUUAUGCUGUACCUGUCCGCGUGCAUCAACCCGAUCAUCUACGUGAUCAUGAACAAACAGUACAGGCAGGCGUACAAGAUAUUGCUCUUCUGCAAGCCGGGUCGUCUGCUGGGAUUCACGCACGGUGGUAGCAGCGUCGGAGAAAUGGAAAGACACAGGGUACAGCUACAACCACAGUCGUACCAUGGUGUCCCAAGUCUCAAUAGCCGAACCAGAGUCGCCGUACCUUCCCCAAUCCAACCGACUGCGCCAAGAUUCGCCACACCCGCAACAUUUAGUCGCCAUUCAAGAUAGCUAGACCGCACGCAACAACGUGGACGAACUGAAAAGUAUGACCAGUGGUUAACAACGUGGUAGCGGCAAGCGGUUGAAUAAAAUCCGCUAUUCCUUACGUUACAAGAAGAAGGAUCCCACAGAUGCAAGAAAGCGACACAUACAGUCAAAUAAGCAUACACCAAAAUGGAUCGAGGACCAAACUCACCAAACGGACGAGAAAACUGAACGCUUGAACGCAGGGGGAAAACCCCGGUGGCCAUAGACGGAAACCACGCCAUAUACCAAACGGCUUGCGACCGUGUAUCGAACUCCUCUAUCGCACACAGUCCGUGUCAAAACAUUCACGAUGCCAAACUAGUUUAGUUUUAACCGUCUGCAACGCGAAUUAAACUCAAAGAAACAUUUUACAGGGGAGGGGGGUUGUUUUUUGUUUGCUACAGGACACUCGAAUUCGCCUCCGCGUUGCAGCAGCACUGGUCGAAUAGCCUUAGGAAGUAAAACGAAUGGAAAGGGCUCCAAAGAUCAAACAAACACAGGAUACAACUGACGGACGAAACUGUGGUCGCGUUCCUGUGGCCUAUGGACUAUUCAGUUACUUUUUACAAUUACUAGAUAAGAUUAAAUUAUUCAACGUACUGUUCGGGCACUCGUUUUACAGAGACUACUUUCCCCUAGUGGUUAUCUUCCUCAGCCUAUACACUCUCUAUACUGUACAAAUGAAAACGAAGUGAAUAAAGACAGCUGUUACGAUUAAGUAGAAUGGAAACGAUUGUCCAGUUAGGGCUUGGUUUUAAUAAAACAGAAGAAAUCAUA